CAUCUUCAGCGAGGACAACGUGAUCCGCAAGUAUGCCAAGAGGAUCACGGAGUGGCCUCCUUUUGAAUAUAUGAUCUUGGCUACAAUCAUUGCUAAUUGCAUCGUCUUGGCCUUGGAGCAACACUUACCAGUUGACGACAAGACGCCCAUGUCAGAGAGGCUGGAUGACACUGAGCCAUAUUUUAUUGGAAUAUUUUGCUUUGAAGCUGGCAUUAAGAUCAUCGCGCUAGGUUUUGCUUUCCACAAAGGCUCUUAUCUCCGAAACGGCUGGAACGUGAUGGAUUUUGUUGUCGUCCUUACAGGGAUUCUGGCUACUGCUGGGGCUCAGUUUGACUUGCGGACAUUGAGAGCUGUCCGAGUACUGAGGCCGCUGAAGCUUGUAUCGGGAAUCCCAAGUUUACAGGUUGUUCUGAAGUCCAUCAUGAAGGCAAUGGUACCUCUCCUGCAGAUCGGGCUCCUCCUCUUCUUUGCCAUUGUGAUGUUUGCUAUCAUUGGGCUGGAGUUCUACAUGGGGAAGUUUCACAAAACCUGCUUCAACAAUGAAACAGGGGAGAGGCUGGGAGAUUUCCCCUGUGGAGAGGAGAGGCCUGCAAGGCAAUGUGAAGAAGGAGAAAUUUGCAAGCAGUACUGGGAGGGCCCCAACUUUGGAAUCACCAACUUCGACAACAUCCUCUUUGCUGUGCUCACUGUCUUCCAGUGCAUCACGAUGGAGGGUUGGACUGACAUUCUCUACAAUACUAACGACGCUGCAGGGAAUAUGUGGAACUGGCUUUACUUCAUCCCCCUCAUCAUCAUCGGCUCUUUCUUCAUGCUCAACUUGGUCCUUGGUGUCCUAUCAGGUGAGUUUGCCAAAGAACGAGAGAGAGUUGAGAACAGGAGGGCCUUCCUGAAGCUCCGGAGGCAGCAGCAGAUUGAAAGAGAACUCAAUGGCUAUUUGGAGUGGAUCUUUAAGGCAGAGGAGGUGAUGUUAGCAGAAGAAGACAAGAACGCAGAAGAGAAGUCCCCCCUUGAUGGGAGGGCCACUUCAGAAGGCCCAAUCCUGCGAGGCAUGGCAGUGGUGGAGAUUAGCAGCGGAGGCACCUAUAACAUGCUGAAAAGAGCCACAAUCAAGAAGAGCAAAAAUGACCUGAUCCAUGCUGAAGAAGGGGAGGACCACUUCACAGAUGUUUGUUCUGUUGGUUCACCAUUUGCCCGGGCCAGCCUGAAGAGCGGCAAGAAUGAGAGUUCCUCCUACUUCCGUAGGAAAGAAAAGAUGUUCCGGUUCUUCAUCCGGCGCAUGGUGAAAGCGCAGAGCUUCUACUGGGUGGUCCUCUGUGUUGUGGCUCUUAACACCCUGUGCGUCGCCAUUGUGCAUUAUGACCAGCCAGAGGGGCUCACUACUGCUCUGUAUUUUGCAGAAUUUGUCUUCCUCGGCCUGUUCCUCACAGAGAUGUCUCUGAAGAUGUAUGGCCUGGGGCCAAGGAACUAUUUCCAUUCCUCAUUCAACUGCUUUGACUUUGGGGUGAUUGUGGGGAGCAUCUUCGAAGUCAUCUGGGCUGCAGUGAAGCCCGGGACCUCCUUUGGCAUCAGCGUGUUGAGGGCUCUCAGGCUGCUGAGGAUUUUCAAAGUGACCAAGUACUGGAACUCCUUGAGGAACCUGGUGGUCUCCUUGCUGAAUUCAAUGAAGUCCAUCAUCAGCUUGCUGUUCCUCCUCUUCCUCUUCAUUGUUGUGUUUGCUUUGCUGGGGAUGCAGCUUUUUGGAGGACAGUUUCAUUUUAAUGACGAAACACCAACCACAAACUUUGAUACUUUCCCCACUGCUAUUCUAACUGUGUUUCAGAUUCUGACUGGAGAAGACUGGAAUGCUGUGAUGUACCAGGGGAUAGAAUCUCAAGGGGGCGUCCACUCAGGAAUGUUCUCAUCCAUCUACUUCAUUGUCUUGACACUGUUCGGUAACUACACGCUCCUGAACGUCUUCUUGGCCAUUGCUGUGGACAACCUUGCCAAUGCACAGGAGUUGACCAAGGACGAAGAGGAGAUGGAGGAGGCCACCAAUCAGAAACUUGCUCUGCAGAAGGCCAAGGAAGUAGCUGAUGUUAGUCCCCUGUCAGCAGCUAACAUUUCCAUAGCAGCUUUUGUAAAGCAAACACGAGGUACUGUAUCACGCAGCUCGUCGGUCUCCAGCGUUAAUUCACCCAAGCAGCAGAAUGCCUCCAAGUCCAAAUCCGUGUGGGAGCAGAGAACCAGCCAGAUCCGAAUGCACAACUUCCGGACGAGCUGCGAAGCCCUGUACAAUGAGCUGGACCCAGAAGACAGAGUUCGCUAUGCUACCAACCUUCACAUCCACCCAGAUAUGAAAACUCACUUGGACCGUCCCCUGGUUGUUGAGCCGAGGAGUGACAGCCGCAAUAACAACAUCAACAAGCUGAGUCCUGUUGAUGUGCAAGAGGUCGCGGAGGAAGUGAAGCCCCCACCAGCUGUGAGCACUGAGGGGCAGCGGAAGCAUCACCGACAUCGAGAUAAGGACAAGGGGGGAGAACAGGAGAAGAGCAAUGUGCCGAAGGAUGAGAAUGGGGAAUCUGGCCCAAACCAUAAAGAGGAGCGUCAUCGAACACACAGGAGCCGCAGUAAAGAGGGUGAGAGGGGUGGGAAGGAAGGGAAAAGUGAGCGCAGUCGGGGCCAGGAAGGAGGUAGGCGGCAUCAUCGCCGUGGGUCAGUGGAGGAAGGAGCAGAGAGAGAGCACAGACGCCAUCGGGGUCACCGGCACUCAGCUGAACGGCAAGCAAAAGAAGGCAAUGGAACCAUCAACGGAGCCAAGACGGAGCGCCGUUCACGUCACCGGGGAGGGUCCAGGCCUGGGAACCGGGAAGGCGACCCUGGCUCAAAAGGAGAAGGUGGUGAAGAACCCCACAGACGGCACAAGAUGCGGCACAAGGCUCUGUCCACAUAUGAUUCAGUGGACAAGCCGAAUGGGGAAAAGGAGGGAGAGGCAGCAGAGAAGGAGCUGAGGAAUCACCAGCCAAGGGAAGGUCAGUGUGACACAGAGGCCAGUGGGAGUGUGACUGUUGCCCCUCUGCACACCUUGCCCAGCACUUGUCUGCAGAGGGUGCUCGAACAGCCAGAAGAUGCUGACAAUCAGAAGAAUGUCACCCGCAUGGGUCAGCCAUCUCUAGACAAAUCUGCAACUGUGAACAUUCCUGUCACUGUCACGGCACCUCCUGGGGAAGCCGCCAUCAUACCAAUGAACAACAUUGAAUUUGAAACUAAAACAGAAGAGAAGAAAGACAUGGAUGUGGAUGAUGACUUUACAGAAAAGAGACCAAAACCUAUCCUGCCAUAUAGCUCCAUGUUCAUCUUAAGUCCUACAAACCCAAUCCGGCGCCUGUGCCAUUACAUUGUGAACAUGCGUUACUUUGAAAUGGUCAUCCUCAUUGUCAUAGCCCUCAGCAGUAUUGCCUUGGCAGCGGAAGACCCCGUCCAAGCUGAGUCACCAAGGAAUGAGGCUCUCAAGUACCUGGAUUACAUAUUUACGGGUGUCUUUACAUUUGAGAUGGUGAUAAAGAUGAUUGACUUGGGCCUGAUACUUCAUCCUGGUGCCUAUUUUCGUGACCUCUGGAACAUCCUGGAUUUUAUUGUGGUCAGUGGGGCUCUGGUGGCUUUCGCCUUUUCAGGGAACAAAGGCAAAGAUAUAAACACCAUCAAGUCCCUGAGAGUUUUGAGAGUCCUUCGGCCUCUGAAGACCAUCAAACGUUUGCCAAAGCUGAAGGCAGUCUUUGACUGCGUGGUGAAUUCUCUGAAGAAUGUCCUCAACAUCCUCAUUGUCUACAUGCUCUUCAUGUUCAUCUUUGCAGUCAUAGCGGUGCAGCUUUUCAAAGGGCGAUUCUUCUACUGCACGGACGAGUCCAAGGAGCUGGAAAAAGACUGCAGGGGCCAGUAUCUCGAUUAUGCAAAAGACGAUGUGCAAGCUCAGCCCAGGCAAUGGAAGAAAUACGAAUUCCACUAUGACAAUGUCCUCUGGGCUCUGUUGACACUCUUCACUGUCUCCACAGGAGAGGGAUGGCCAACUGUUUUAAAGCAUUCUGUUGAUGCAACGUAUGAGAACCAAGGCCCAAGCCCUGGGUACCGGAUGGAGAUGUCCAUCUUCUAUGUGGUGUAUUUUGUCGUCUUCCCCUUUUUCUUCGUGAACAUCUUUGUGGCUUUGAUCAUCAUCACCUUCCAGGAGCAGGGUGACAAAGUGAUGUCUGAAUGCAGCCUUGAGAAAAAUGAGAGGGCCUGUAUAGACUUUGCCAUAAGUGCCAAACCCCUGACCCGCUACAUGCCUCAAAACAAGCAGUCGUUCCAGUACAAGAUGUGGAAGUUUGUGGUGUCUCCUCCUUUCGAGUAUUUCAUCAUGGUCAUGAUCGCACUCAACACCAUCGUGCUGAUGAUGAAGUUCUAUGGUGCCCCACAGCCAUAUGAAGAUAUGCUGAAAUGCCUCAACAUUGUGUUUACAUCCAUGUUUUCUCUGGAGUGUGUGCUGAAGAUCAUUGCCUUUGGCGCCCUGAAUUAUUUUCGUGAUGCCUGGAACAUCUUUGAUUUUGUCACAGUCUUGGGAAGUAUUACUGAUAUUUUAGUAACAGAGAUUGCGGACAAUUUCAUCAACCUCAGCUUCCUCCGCCUAUUUCGGGCAGCCAGGCUCAUCAAGCUUCUCCGCCAGGGCUACACCAUCCGGAUCCUCCUCUGGACCUUUGUCCAGUCUUUCAAGGCGUUGCCUUAUGUGUGUCUUCUCAUUGCCAUGCUCUUCUUCAUCUAUGCCAUUAUUGGCAUGCAGGUCUUUGGAAACAUUGCACUGAAUGAUGACACUGCCAUCAAUCGACACAACAAUUUCCAAACAUUUUUGCAAGCCCUGAUGCUGCUUUUCCGGAGCGCCACUGGAGAAGCUUGGCAUGAAAUCAUGCUUGCAUGUCUCAGCAACCAAGCCUGCGAUAAGCUCUCCAACCUUGGCAAAAAUGAGUGCGGCAGUGACUUUGCCUACUUUUACUUUGUCUCCUUCAUCUUCCUCUGCUCCUUUCUGGUGGAAAUCAAUGGAGAGAAUAUUACUGGGCACCUUCCAGAAUUUCUGAAUGAUAACUUUCAUCAUCCCCAACUGACAGUCAUGCUGACUGUGGCCAAUGGGAAUAGACCAAAACCUCUGGAGGGCACCAGUUGCCGGAUACAUUAUAAGGAGAUUCUAGACGGGACUGAAAAAAGUCUGGGGAUCCAGUGGAAGGUGAGGAGUGCAGCUGUUGCCCAAGAUGUGCUGGCCGAGGAAGCAUGUGGCACAAGCAGUGCUGGUCCCUACCUUGAUCUCUCUCCUUCUCUCUUGCUCUCUUGUCUGCUUUCCACUUCAUCCCUGGUCCCCCUCCCCUCUGUUUUGACACUUGGCUCUAACUUGGUUCUUCCCCCACCUGUGAUCCCUCCCCAUCUUCUGGCUUCUGCUUCUUUCUCUCUCUCCCCCUCUCUUUCUAUCUCUCUGGUUCCAAGUGGGCGUAUCAGUUACACGGACAUGUAUGAGAUGCUGAGACACAUGUCCCCACCACUUGGACUGGGAAAGAAAUGCCCAGCUCGCGUUGCCUAUAAGCGCUUGGUAAGGAUGAAUAUGCCAAUCUCAAAUGAUGACUUGAGCGUCCACUUCACAUCUACGCUGAUGGCCUUGAUCCGCACUGCCCUGGAAAUCAAACUUGCAUCAGGGAUCCUGCAGCUGCAGUGUGACAUCGAGCUGAGGAAGGAGAUCUCGCUAGUUUGGCCCAAUCUUUCCCCAAAGACCUUGGAUCUGCUAGUACCGCCUCAUAAACCCGAAGCCAUGACAGUGGGGAAAGUCUAUGCAGCCUUGAUGAUAUUUGACUUCUACAAACAGAACAAGAACACUCGAGAUCCCACCCAUCCAGCACCUGGACAGACUGGAACUGUGUCCCUUUUCCACCCGUUGAAAGCAGCUCUUGAACAAAGCCAGCCUUCAGUAUUCCCCAAUGCUUUCCUGCGCCAAAAAAGCUCUGCUUCUCUCAACAAUGGAGGUGCCUUACCAACGCCAGAGGGAGGAGGAAUCAAGGAGUCUGUUUCAUGGGGGACUCAACGGACACAGGAUGUGUUUUACGAAACGAGGACACCAGCAUUUGAGCGUGGCCAUUCAGAAGAAAUUCCCAUUGAACAGACAAGCAAACAGGUAGUAGAAAUGCGAGAGAUCAGUCCAACAAUGGCCAAUGGUGAGCACCAGCCUGGCCUGGAGAGCCAGGGGCGAGCUGCCUCCAUGCCCCGCCUGGCAGCAGAAACUCAGCCCAUCCCAGACACAAGCCCCAUGAAGCGUUCCAUCUCCACACUGAACCCACAGCGUCCCCAUGCCACACACCUCUACGAGCAUUCCCGGCCAGUGGAGCACACCCACCACCACCACCACCACCGCUGCCACAGGCGGAAAGAGAGGAAACAGAAGUCUAUCGACAAACCACCCAACCACCUGGCUGAUGGCGAUGCUGCAGGUGAGGCAACUUCCAAAACCAAAAAGCAGGAGAGGGGCCGGUCCCAGGAGCGGAAACUUCACUCCUCUUCAUCCUCUGAAAAGCAACGCUUUUACUCCUGCGACCGAUAUGGGAGCAGAGACCACUCACAGCCCAAGUUAUCAGAGCGCAGUCGGCCAACGUCGCCCAAUGGAGGGCAAGAGCAUGGAACACAGAAACAGGGCAGUGGUUCAGUUAAUGAGAGCCCCUUGCUGUCAACGUCGGGUGCAAGCACCCCGUCCCGUGGCCGGAGACAACUGCCGCAGACCCCACUGACCCCACGCCCCAGCAUCACGUACAAGACUGCCAACUCGUCGCCUGUGCACUUCUCCAGUUUCCAGACUGGCCUGCCAACUUUCUCCCCGGGACGCUUGAGCCGGGGUCUCUCUGAGCACAACGCUUUGCUGCAUGGUGACUCCCAGGGCCCUUCGCAGCCCCUGAUGGCCCGGAUUGGCUCAGACCCUUACCUGGGGCACCGGGAAGACGGUGACAGUCCUUACCAUGUUGUGCCUGAGGACACACUCACUUUUGAGGAGGCUGUGGCCACCAAUUCAGGACGGUCAUCCCGGACUUCUUACGUCUCCUCCCUGACGUCCCAGUCCCACCAAAUCCGUAGAGUCCCCAAUGGAUACCAUUAUACAUUGGGCCUCAGUGCUGGCCCUGGGACCAGCACCAGAGCACGUAGCUAUUACCAUGAACGUGAUGAAGAUGACUGGUGCUAGCAGGAGAAAAAAGCCGGAGUUCUUGCACACGAAACUGAUGAAUAUUAUCCAUAAAGCUCUGUGUUUAUGUGUGCACACAUAUGUUCUGCCCCACAGCUUCAGGGCUGGAGGGAUAAAGAGGAGGGAAGAAGUGCCUCCUCAUGGAACACACACACACACACACACACACACCCCAAAAUGAAGAAGACUUGUCUCUGUGCAUGCGCACAAUGCUGUUAAGAGACGACGCCUCUCUCUCAUACUGAAACCUACCUGCCCUUUAGUGCUAGAAGGCCCUGGAUCAGUAGGAAUUGCUGUUCUUUGGAAGGACAGGGCAAGGGAGAUAUCUUGCUCCUCUCUUGCUGCAUUGCAGUUAACAUCACCCUCUCCUUUCCCAACAAUAAAACUGUAAGAUAAGCAAAAGACCCAGAGAGAAAACCAAAAACUGUUGAACUUUCUGGGACUGGAGCAUCGUGCAGUUUUGGAUAUUAUGAGAGGGGAAGGAAGGGACAGUCACAGUUACAAACAGAACCUAUCAUUUCUCUUGUCCACACUUUAAGAGGCAAAAAUCACCCAAUGACGGCAUUGGACUCGACAUUUGGCAAGACAACACCUUUUCAAGGGAGCCAGCAAUGCAGCCUUUCAGAUGACAGAAGCCGCCAUGCUACCGUCUGGGACUACUUUGAAUGGUUUGACUUCCCAUUGACUUUUUGGAAAGCACCCCCUUCACUUGGGAGAGGAGAGCUGUUUGGCAGGCAAGGGUGGCUCCUAGCCUGCUGCUGCUGCUCCCAACUUAAAAAUCAGUUCCUCUGUUUUGGAUGUGAUAUGCCCCCUUUCAUAAUUUUGUCUUGUUUACAAUCAAAGCAUGAGAGAGAGAGAGAGAGAGAGAGAGAGAGAGAGAGAGAGAGAGAGAGAGAGAGAGAAGGGUGAGGUCUGCAAAAGAAAAUGUGUCAUUUGGUUUUAUAUUGAGCUGUUAGAUAAACUAACUUUUCAUUGUGUGCAUUUUUUUUGUAAAUUGUACAGUAAAAGAAGAAGAAAAAACAAACAAACAAAACCAAGAGUCCUCCACUGUAGAGAACUAGUCCUAUUGUCAUUCCAGCUCCACUGUUGUUUCAUACUGAAGGCGCCAAUUCUUCACUACUAAGUGCCUGAUCUUAGGAAUCUCUCAUGGUGAAGAUGCAAUCUCUUGUUCCCGCUGCAUCAGGAGGAUGCAUGUGGUGGAGCGGGGUGACCCACAAGGAGGGUUAGAAAUGCUUCAAGCAUUGACCAAUGCUGAGUCAAUAUUUCCACAUAGAUUGGAAGGCGGUCAAGUACAAAAUUCUG